AUGACCGGAAGGAGACUAAGGGAAGCAAUCAACGGGAUGUUCAUGCAGCUUGAGAAGUUGAUAAAAUGUGAUACAUCGCAAGCAGCUUGUCCUGGAGGUAUUUGCCCUGUUACCGUCGAAGUGAUGAACCAUGUUAACGCUGUUGGAGAGUUUGGGUCUUCUUGGCUUUCUGCGGAGGUAACUAGAAUAAUUGCAAUGUUGGAAAGCCAUCUGGAAGCUAAGUCCAAACAUUACAGCAACCCUGCUUUGGGCUCUGUUUUCUUGAUAAAUAAUGGGAGGUACAUUGAAAAGAAGGCAAAACAGUACCAAUUGGAUAAGAUUUUGGGCAAUCAUUGGAUCCGACAAAGGACUGCUAAAGUCCGAGAAAACUGUGAACACUACAGAAGAAGCUCGUGGGAAGAGGUUUUAGGGUUUUUGAAACUUGGCAUGCCUAACGUUGAAGAAGCAGAGUCAAUGAAAAAGAAGCUCAAUCUGUUCAACUUGCGGUUUAAGGAGAUAUGGAUGGAUCAGAGUGCAUGGUUUAUCCAUGAUGAAGAGCUAAAGGAAGAGAUAAUAAUACCGCUGGGAAAGAUCAUGUCUCAUACCUAUGGAUUGUUCAUUUGGGGUUUCAAGAGCAUGCUUGGUAGGGAUGCUGACGAGUGUAUCAAGUAUUCAGUUUUAGACAUUGAAGACCUUCUGAAGAAUUUGUUUAGCUGGAGAGAUGAAUAA